ACCAGAUCUCGCUGCCCUCGCGAUACACCGACACACCGAACACUCGAGCCUCGUCUAGACGGAGCAGCGGGAAAAGCCCUCGGUCCAGAGUAAAAUCCGGUUUGUAGAACUACGAACCGACGGACAAGACGAUGAUAUUUCGGUACAAGAAAGUGCGUCCACAGAAUGAACAGGACGCGGUCAGGGGAACCGCGGAAAUAUCUAGCGGACCGGGGGGCCGGCGGGGUGACCAGGAGGGAAAAGGGAAGAGUCCAAGCGCCGAGACUUUCUAGAACCUAUCGGGGAUUACAUACUCGCAGGCGGCAGUAGAUUUAGCGAUGGGCAGGUGAUGAGAUGUGUGAGAUAUGCGGUGCACGUCGCUCGACAUUCGACGUCUAUCUCUGGCCGGCUCCAUCGCCGAGGCUAAAACUGCCCGUCCGCUGCAGAGACGAUUUAUUAACGCUCCACGCUCCAGCAGAGGGUCUAUUCUUCCCCUCCUCCUCUCCCCUCACCGCACCCCCCGCGCAGUGGUGCUAGCUCUUGUGCCUCGAUCGAGACCUCUGCGAUUUGUUCGCUGUGUCAAUUAGCGACACUUCGAACAAAUCGCAGCUGCGUGCUCCGCUCCGCCAUAGCAUCGCAUUGCAUUCCGUUCGGUUACGUUCCGGACAUUCCCUUCAGAUUCAUUGAUAGUGUAGUAGUUAGUACCCUAGCGCACGUCCGUGUACAAUCGUUAACUUCGUCUGCCCUUCGACAUAUUCCGUGAUUCCGAAUUUGUUGUUCUGUUUGCCUUUUGUCGAGAGAUUCCGCCGAGCAGGUGUUGGGUUCGGUUCGGUCGGAGCCUGCGGGUGCAGUGCUGUGUUGGUGUAGCCGCUUGUGUUGUUUGUUAGUGCCGCCGGACGAGGGACUGAUCGGAGCGAGAAGAAGAGUCCGUGGCCGAUUUGCGCCACUUUUCGAAGCUCGUGCACUCGACGACCGAGAUUGGACUGGUUGGAGGUCGGGAGGAAAGACUCGUGUCUAGAGCCGCCAGGCGCCAGAGCAGGCGCUGAUUCAAAGAGCCGAAGGCGGCGUCCGAUAACGCAAUGAGCAUCAUGGUGGCACCGAAUUCGUGGACGCUCAACAACAGCGUGAGAUGUUCGGCCCAGAGCGUCGUGAGCACGAGGAAGAAGGAGACGAGCAUGCCAGCGAGCAAAGUGGCGCACGUAGAUUCGAGCACCAAGGAGUCGUCGGUGGUGGACUCGCCGCAGAAGGCGCUGGAGGCGUCCCCGACAUCGCUGGCCUUCGUGUAUGGAACGCUGAAGCGCGGGUUCGGCAACCACUGGCUCAUGGAGGAGCAGAUGAGCAAGAAGCAUGCCCGUCUCGUGGGCACAGCGCAGACCAAAAUGAGGUACCCGCUCGUGUGCGGUCCGUUCCAGGUCCCGUUCCUUCUCAUGUACCCCGGCGAAGGCGAGCACGUCCGCGGGGAGUUGUACCAGGUCGACAGUCACUGCAUGGAGCUGCUGGACGAGCUCGAGGGCGUCUCCAAGGACCACUACGAGAGGCGUCAAAUCGUCCUCACAGGAAUUGAGUUAGAUCCGUCGUUCAAAUUCUCGCUGCAGAACGGGCUGAAUGGGUUCUCUGCCAAUCAAGGCUACGCGCUGAUGGACGCCGUGGUGCAGCCAGGCGAAGUGAAGGCCGAGGCGUACUUCGCACAUCCGCAUUACACCCCCGGAAUGUACCGGGCGCCUCAUUUGGAAGCUUACACCGAGAAGGAGGCGGCCACUUACACCCGAAGGAUCCAUCGACCUCAAAACCGCACGUUCCUCGAGCACGUCUAUCACUGGAUCGAGGAGCAGAAGCAUGAGGUGCCGCUGCCCGGGGCUAACAAUUGAAGGUCGCCAGUGCGUGCCUGUCCCAUUUAGAAGACUUGGAACUCUGUCUUCUGUCCUGUUGACGACCUCCGCUCGACGAAGAUAGGAUUCUGUAUAUAAUGUCAAUCUUCGGUGUGGAGCAUGACUCCCAAUCGCGCCACGAACGACCCUGAAGUCUCUUUGCAUCAGAGGGCCGCGCCACAGUAGCAGCAGCACCGAGUAGUUUCAGGGUUACCAGCAAAGAGUAACCGGUUAGAAAAGCAGAACUGAAAUAACUUUUGUUGCUAGGAAGGAAUGCAUUCUCUAGCGAUUCUGUGCCGAGAGAUGUGCAGAUUGGUCGGAGGCGAUUGAGAGAUGGGCGGCUUCAAAGUCGACGCCGGAGAAUCCUGCGUUGACGAUGACGUCUGUCAUCGCAUGUAGUUGUAUAUUCUCGAUGACUUGAAAGGUAGGGGAGAGGAGGAGCCAAUCCGUCCUCAGACGUGUGCAAGCAUCGGUUAGAACAUACUGUUGGUUUGUGCGUCCCGGGCGUCCGAUCCUGAUCGGGUAGAUACCGUCGCUUGCAGUUGUAAAUGUCGAACGAGUUGGAAGAGGGAGGAAAAGCGAAGCUGAUUCUCUGUGGAGGUAGUAGGUGUGUAAAUGAUGGAUGAAGUGACAGAGAGGACAAGCAAAGCUGUUCCUUUGCUGCACAAGCACUGGUGAGAGCUUGUUGCUCUGUGUAACCGAGGGCAUUGCAUCCUGAUCAGGAUGAAACCGUCGCCAGUAGUACUGUUGUAAAUUGUUGUAAGAGUUGGAAGGUGAGCUUCCGAAGUGCAAGCACCGGUGAGAGCUUUAGAUCCUGAUCGAAACGUAGCCAGGCUUAUGCAUCGAGAAACUGUGCGAUUUUAACUGAAGGACGGUAGAUAGAUCGAUAGACUAGAUCGAUUAUCCAUUGUUUAAGGUGCUGUUUCGUCGCCAGUGUGGGCGAGUAGGAGAUUUUUUAUGUGGAACGUGUCUUCUUCGAUGGAUCUGACUGUCUUGUCCACUCUUACUAGACCUAAGGGUCUUCUGAAAUAAAGCAUUAUAGGUCAUUCACUGUU